UAAGAGUCGUCGCUUAACUAUUUACUGACAUCCCCUUUAUCGUAAAAAAUUGACUUGCUCUGUUCGUAGUUUGUCAUUUGUGUCAAUUUUGGUGGAUGUCCGAUGUCAAAUGUCAACAUUCGAAACAUACAACAAAACUUUUAUUCAUUCUGUUUUAUUUUAAUUAAUAGUUUAUUUAAUAUGGAACAUGUAGAAAAGACCGCUAAAGAUUACAAAAAAUAUUUACAGAUAGAUCUUAAUUCUGCUGUAAAUCCUUUAAGUAAUUCUAUUGAUGAAAUGUUAACUCAACUUGAAGAAUUUGAGAUUAUGAUGACGUUCCUUGUCCAAGAUAGGAAGGAUUACAAGGAUAUUUUAACUUCUAUUCCAAAUUAUAAAGCUGAGUUUACAGAUCUCUGUAAUAAAAUAGACACAAUAGAAAGACUUAUAUCACAUAUAAAGAGUAAUUUAGAUGAACUGGAAAGUGAAGUUGAAAAGGCAGAGACAAAUUUGGGAUGCACCGAAAAAACUGUUAAAGUUACUCAAAUUUUCACACCAUUAUUUAAGAAAAAUGUAGAUAAGAAGAACUCUUUUCAUCAUUCAGAACUAUUCAAAACUGAAAAUUAUUUUCAAUAAACACCAGGAAUUUGGAAGGUGUGAACACUUAUAUUAUUAUUUUAAUAGUUUUCGGACCUUCUUAAGAUAUCAGUUUUGUUUGCCAUGUUUUAUAGAUCGUGAAUAAUAAUUGAUUUCUGACAAAUUUAUGGAUAUUAUAGUCAGAUCUAACUUUUAUAUUUUAGUUUUAGUCACAAAGAUAUACUCAGA